ACUAGCUUGUUCCUGUAUAUAUAACCAAGUCUUCCCCAUUUCAAAUCCCAUUGAAAACACCAUAGAUUCAUCAUAGGCAGAAGAAGAAAGAAGGGAAAGAAAGGGAGGUUGGAUUGAAGAACAUGGGAAACAGUCUAAGGUGCUGUUUGGCAUGCGUUCUUCCGUGUGGCGCCUUAGACCUGAUCCGUAUAGUACACUCGAAUGGGUACGUAGAAGAAUUAACAGGCCCUCUGACGGCCGGAGAAGUCUUAAAGAACCACCCGAAUCAUGUCUUGAGUAAACCUUGCUCUCAAGGCAUGGUUCGCCGGAUUCUAAUCCUCUCACCGGAGUCAGAGCUCAAAAGAGGCAGCAUAUAUUUCUUGAUACGCUCGUCCUCGCUGCCAGAGAAAAACAAAAUCCGCAGUUUGCCUAAGAAGCCUUCCAAGAAGAGCAAGAGCGCCGCCACUAUGACUGCGGCGGAUUGCCAUCAACAUUUAACGGAAGUCUCGUCCGAUAAAAAGUCCUCCUGCCGAGAUCGCCGGAGAGGUAGAGUUGGAGUCUGGAGGCCCCAUCUCGAGAGCAUUUCUGAGGACUAAAGUCCUUUUUUUUUUUCUCCCUCCAAUUGGGUUCAACCCAUAUCUUUUUCCUCCCUUUAGACGGAGUGAUUGAUUUUGUGCAUAAUUUUCUUUUUCUUUUUCUUUUUCUUUAUGGAAAGAAGAAAGGAGUAGUCUACUUC